UACUUGUUGUUUCCGCUGAUAUCAUAUCCAUCCGUUUCACCUGAAGGGACGAUCUAAACUCGUGUACUGAAUGGCGGAGACCCUAGCCCUUACCGACAACGGUUGCUCGGAUGGCCAUGUUAUGGACAAGAUUGCUAAGUAACGGCGUCAGUCGGGACAUUCAUGAGACGCUUGCUCACACACUUGUCGCCGAUAAUGGUCACAUGGAACUGGGGAGAGUCGAACAGCGUGAUCUGGGUAAGCUCGACACUUGAGGACGAGAAUCAGCCGCCGCCGACACAUGCAACAGAGUUAAAUACGCACUUGUUGCAGCUCUGGAACCGCAGGAGCCGAGGACGACCGGGGUGGAGGGUCAGCUACUCAACACGUAAGCCCCAAUACGCUGUCGCCAAGCCACUCAACGCACGUCGUUGUUCGGGCGGUAUCGCAAUCCAUUCCCGUAGAUCGAGCCCGGUCCGUUGACGAGGAUGUUGUUGCAGUUCUGGAGGAAGAUAGCCACAUGUCACGAUCGUCCAUGAUAUGAACCGUGGUUGUUUCACACACCUGCCACUGGAGCAUGGUUCCGCCGAGGUUGGGGUCGUACGGCAAAUACAAAUUGCCCGCGAGAUGCAAAUUCCAGUUCGCGGCAUGGUUGAACAGGACAUUCGACGCCAGCAGGAAGUUUCCGGCCGGCACGUAAAGCAGAACGUCGGUGGCGACGGUGGUUUUCACGUUCGGAAUAACGCACUGUGUCCACGUCGCACUCAAGGCAGGGCCAAUAUCCGUCUUGUUGUCCGCAACCGCGCCGUAGUUCAGCACGUUGCACUCGAUAAAUGCUUGGGCCGGGACCGCGAGGGCGAGGACCGCGAGGGAAGCGAGGGAAGCGAGCAUCGUUUUCGCUACUAGAUGGUGAUUUUAGUAGUCGUUGGUCCUUCGACGAGAGGCGCAGCUGGCUUUUAAGGAUGAUGAAUAUCCUGCUUUUAUCCGGUAGCAAACACGAGAACGGACCUGGUGAUACCGAAAACCGCACCCGCUAAGGAUAUGGGCCUACUCCUCCUUCAUGUGCUAUACUGCCGGCCCGCUCAGUCAGGCGUUGAUUGUCGCUCCAGAAAGCGGUGGACCAACUUCUCAGGUUUCUAGCGGGCCCCGAAUCGAGAACAGACUCCGAGAGUUUCGAACCAUGAUCUGCGACGGAUGUACCAUGUCGACUGUAGGUUGGCCGCUGGCGACGGGUGACGACUCCACUUCCAGAUUUGAUUGGUUUGAGGACCUGGUGACCGGUGUCAACCGAUUUCCGGAUGUUAGUUCGAGACCAAACAUGGUUGUUUUCCGUCCUAUAUUCUCUGAUUUAGUUGGUUUCAGGCGGAAACGGACAGAAAGCUUUGUUGGCACUCCAUCCGAGGCGUUAGGUAACAGGUGACCCGGUCUUGGAUCGGUUGAGAGGUCCCUGGUGACCGGUGACCAGUCCAACUGAUGCUGGACAGUGGGGCUGGUGUCCAGUUGGAUAUCGCAUCCUUACGAAUUCUUUCUGAUGCUCCUGUCUCCUAUAAUUACCCAAAAUUUU